AUGGCUGCUGCCGGGAGUGCCGUCCAGGAUCUAUGUGAAGAAGUCAGUUGUCCCAUCUGCCUGGAUCAUUUCAGGGAUCCAGUGACCGUUGCAGAGUGUGGCCACAAUUUCUGCCGAGCCUGCCUGAGCAAGUAUCUGGGGGAGAAGGACACAGAGGCCUCCUGCCCCGAGUGUAGAGGAACCUUCCAGAAGGGGAACCUCAGGCCAAAUAGGCAGCUGGCUAAGAUUGCUGAAAUUGCCAAGAAAUGCAGAGAUGAGGAGGUAAAGCGGGCAGAAGAGAAGGGGGGAGUCUGUGAGAGGCACCAGGAGCCCCUGAAGCUCUUCUGCAAAGAUCAUGAAACCCUCAUCUUUGUGGUGUGUGACAGAUCCAAGGAGCAUGAACAUCACAAGGUGGUUCCUCUGGAGGAGGCUUCCCGGGAGUACAAGGAUCUGAUCCGUCGUCGCCUGGAGAUUCUCAGGGAAGAGAGAGAAAGAAUUCUGGCAUAUAAGGCAGAAACAGAAAAGAAGAAUAAAGAACUUCUUAAGCAAACAAGAGCAGAGAGGAAAAAGACGGUGUCUCAGUUCAGAGAAUUACACCAGUUUCUGGAAGAACAAGAGGAGCUUCUGCUGGCUCAGUUGGAAGAGGUGGAGAAAGAGAUUGCCAGGAGAACGGAUGUGCACCAGGCCAAACUCUCCGAAGAACUCUCUUCUCUUGAAAGUCUCAUCCAGGAGAUGGAGAAGAAAUGUCAACAGCCAGUGGGUGAACUCCUGCAGGACGUGAGAAGCACCUUGCGGAGGAGUGAGAAGGAGAUAUUUGAGAAUCCAGUAGCUUUCCCUCCAGAGCUGAAGGAGAAGAUCUGGGACUUCCAUGAAAUAAAUCCCUUUCUUGAGGGAGUCAUGAAGCAAUUCAAAGAAAUGGAGGGGAAUGAGCAGCCCGUUCCUCCUGCUCAGCCUCCCUCCCAGACCUGCCAUCAAUAG